AUGGCCGUCACCGCCGUCUACUUCAUCGCCGCAGGCCACAAUGCGCCGAGCCUGGCCGACCUGACCGAUCGCCUUAUCCGCGCCUACGACCCGGUGCCCGCCGGCAACUGGGGCCUCCACCACCGCGUCUUCCGCUCCACCCCGCAGAACACCACCGACAAGUCUCCUCCGCACUUCCAACAUGUCCUCGGCCUGGGUCACUACCCCGACCGUGCGUUCGUGCACAUCGCCGGCCCUGAUCAGCAGCCCGAAUCCCCACAGGAAUCCUCCACAGUUGCCAUUCCGCUGCAGCAGAUGGAACCGUACAGCCAGCUGCUGAACCUGAAAUUCGGCGCUCUAUGGAUGUACCGGAUGGGCUCGCAGGUCACCGCCGGAGCCUCAUACUCCCUGGGGGAAUUCACUGUGCGCUUGGGCGAGCUGCGCGAGAAGGGCGGCCAGAUGGCACUACGCGGGACCGUCGUGUGCAUCCAGACAGCGAAACAAGAGUCGGACGACGGGGACUCGUUGCCUGGCCAGGCUGACGCCGACCAGGAGUUGCAGGCGGGUCAGGCGCUGGUCCGCGAUGUCUGGUCACGCUUCAGCGUACCUCAAGCCAAGGAAACCAUCACCUCCCGCCCGGCUGCCCGUGAGCCUGACGAGCAGGUCUUCGACGAGGUCAGACUUUGGUGCGAGGCACUGCGCUUUCAGAAGUAA